AACGAGAGAUUCGCCUUACCCAGAGCCCAGGCCCCAGACGCCAGCGGCGGAGUGUGGCGACCGCGGGGGAUUAGGAGGGGGGCCGCUCGCUCGUAUAAAAACGGCGUCCGGCGCAGGCAUCUGCCCUCCUCCAUUUUACCCAAACAGCCCCUCGCCUCCAAAGCCAAUCGUUCCCGUCUCGUUCUCCGCCUCGCGCCGCCUCUCCUCUCCGCGGAGCCGAAGCUUCCGCGGCGCCGCAGGCGGCAGGAAUAUGGCGGGGAAGUCGAAGGGUGGGAGGAACAAGGCGAAGGCGCAGGCCGCCAGCCAGGCCGUUCCGGUGGAGCCGGUAGUGCCUGUUACUGAUGGAGUUCAGGAGGACAAGCCUGAGAACGGGGUUGUGAGUGAAGCCCCUGCUGCGGAGGUCGGUGCGGUGGAUGUUGAAAAGGAGGAGGGAGAUGCAGCUUCGGUCGCACAGCCUGCAGAGAAGCCCGCUGAAGGAGAGCUUCAUCUCUACCCUGUUUCUGUUAAGACACAAUCUGGUGAAAAGCUAGAGCUACAGCUAAGCCCGGGAGAUUCUGUUAUUGAUGUCAAACAAUUCCUCUUGGAUGCACCUGAAACUUGCUUCUACACGUGCUACGAUUUGAUAUUGCAUACAAAAGAUGGUUCAGCACACCAGUUAGAGGACUACAAUGAAAUUUCUGAGAUUGCAGAUAUAACUGCUGGUGGCUGUUCGUUGGAGAUGGUUGCUGCAACAUAUGAUGAGAGGUCUAUUAGGUCUCAUCUCCGCCGUGUCAGGGAAUUGCUCUCUCUUUCUAGUCUUCAUGUCUCACUAUCAACAUCUCUAGCUCUGCAGCAAGAGUCUACCCAGGGGAAAAAUGCAGCAGAUGCAGGAAAAACUGCUAACCAGGAGCUUGAUGGUUUAAAUUACAUGGAGGACACAACUGUUGCUCUUACUAAUUUGUUGGCAUCUGCACCAGCGGAAAUCAAAUGCGUGGACAGCAUAGUUUUUUCGUCGUUCAAUCCUCCACCAAGUUAUAGGAGGUUACAUGGAGAUCUCAUCUAUAUUGAUGUUGUGACACUAGAAGGAAACGCAUACUGCAUCACAGGGAGUUCCAAAUCUUUUUAUGUGAAUGCUAGCAGUGAAAAUAUAUUGGAUUCAAGACCGUUGAAACAAUCUCAUGAGGCCAGCACUUUAGUUGGUCUGCUACAAAAAGUUAGCGCCAAGUUUAAGAAAGGUUUUCGUGAAAUAUUGGACCGCAAAGCAUCAGCCCAUCCUUUUGAGAAUGUUCAGGCCUUGCUCCCAGUGACUUCUUGGUUGGGAGCUUACCCUGUGUCAGAGCAUAAAAGGGAUGCAGCAAGGGCUGAGGAUUCUGUCGUGUUAUCAUAUGGUACUGAAUUGAUCGGCAUGCAGAGAGACUGGAAUGAGGAAUUGCAGUCCUGCCGAGAGUUCCCUCAUGGAAAUCCUCAAGAAAGGAUAUUACGUGGUAGAGCACUCUAUAAAGUAACAUGUGAUUUUGUUGAUGCUGCGGUAAAAGGAGCAGUUGGUGUCAUUAAUAGAUGUAUACCUCCAAUCAAUCCAACUGAUCCAGAAUGUUUUCAUAUGUAUGUCCACAACAAUAUUUUCUUUAGUUUUGCUGUCGACUCUGACUAUGAGCAAAUUUCGAAGGACCACAAGCUGGACUGUCAAAAUGGUUCCAGUAGAAGUACGCUUGUGACCUCCCCAGAUUUGGGUGCUAAGGCAGAUAGGAAACAUACAGACUCCAGUGUAGCACCGAAUUCAAAAACUGAAGAGCCUAAUGGUGUUUUGGACAAUAAUCCUGAUGCAUCCGCAGAAGCACAAAUAGCAGACAGUGAGCAGGCGACCUAUGCUUCCGCUAAUAAUGACUUAAAGGGAACCAAAUCUUACCAAGAAGCUGAUGUUCCUGGUCUUUACAACCUUGCCAUGGCAAUAAUUGAUUACAGAGGUCACAGGGUUGUAGCUCAGAGUAUCAUACCUGGUAUACUUCAAGGAGACAAGUCCGACUCCCUUCUGUAUGGUUCUGUCGAUAAUGGCAAGAAGAUAUCUUGGAACGAGGCAUUCCAUGCUAAGGUAGUUGAGGCUGCAAAGCGGCUCCAUGUGAAGGAGCAUGUUGUUUUGGAUGGUUCUGGCAAUCCUGUAAAAUUGGCUGCUACAGUUGAAUGCAAGGGAAUUGUUGGUAGUGACGACAGGCAUUAUAUUUUGGAUCUGAUGAGAGUGACUCCGCGAGAUUCUAAUUUCAUUGGACUGCAGCACCGCUUCUGUGUGUUGAGGCCUGAACUUGUAGCCUCAUUUGUUGAGGCUGAAUCCAUAAAGCAACCCCCGGCAGAGAAAGUUCCAGAUGUCCCUGCAGAGUCUAAUGGGCAAGAUGCUACGGCUACUAUCGUGGAGGGACAUGACAAGUCUGAUGAAAGUUCUGCUCCUAGACCUGCUGAAAAUACUGACUCAGCUGCUGAAAUUCUUUUCAAUCCAAAUGUAUUUACGGAGUACAAGCUUGCUGGCAGUCCAGAGGAGAUUGCAGCAGACGAAGCUUUGGUCAAAAAAGUUGGUUCAUAUCUGCUAGAGACGGUGAUCCCAAAGUUUGUUCAGGACCUUUGCUCUCUUGAUGUCUCCCCUAUGGAUGGUCAAACUUUAACCGAUGUGCUUCAUAGCAAUGGGAUAAAUGUUAGAUAUUUGGGCAAAGUUGCAGGUAUGAUCAAGCAAUUGCCGCAUUUAUGGGACUUGUUUUCAGCUGAGAUAAUUGUUAGGUCUGCAAAACAUGUUGUCAAGGAUAUACUGAGGCAAAGCCCGGACCAUAAUAUUGGACCUGCUGUUGCGCAUUUCUUAAAUUGUUUUAUCGGCAAAGUUUUGGCUGCUUCGACAAAAGGUAGUGCUGCCCAGUCGAAAUCCCAGAAGGGUCAUGAAACUCAAAAAUCGACCAAGGGUCAGAAAUCUGGCCAUUCAGCAUCUUCAAGAAAGGGUCAAUCAGCAUAUUCCCACCUAACAUCUGAUGGAAUUUGGUCUGACAUUAAGGAGUUUGCAAAACAUAAAUAUCAGUUUGAAGUGCCAGAUGAUGCGAGGGUUGGGGCUAAAAGAGUUGCAGUUCUCCGUAAUCUUUGCCAAAAGGUGGGAAUAACAAUCGCUGCUCGUAAAUAUGAUCUGAAUGCUGCAGCUCCAUUCCAACCUUCAGAUAUCUUGAAUCUCCAACCAGUUGUCAAGCACUCUGUUCCUACCUGUACGGACGCAAGGAAGCUUAUGGAAGCAGGGAAAAUCCGAAUGGCUGAGGGAACACUGAACGAGGCGUAUGCACUAUUUAAUGAAGCUUUUUCGCUACUUCAACAGAUAAAUGGUCCCAUGCACAAGGAUGCUGCAAACUGUUGCCGGUACCUUGCUAUGGUUUUAUACCAUGCGGGCGAUACAGCGGGAGCAAUUGUGCAGCAACAUAGAGAACUUGUCAUAAAUGAGCGAUGCCUUGGUCUAGAUCAUCCUGAUACAGCCCACAGCUACGGCAACAUGGCUUUGUUCUAUCAUGGGCUCAAUCAAACUGAACUUGCAUUGCGGCACAUGUCCCGUACACUGCUUUUGCUAAGUUUAGCAUCAGGUCCUGAUCAUCCGGAUGUUGCAGCAACUCUUAUAAAUGUGGCGAUGAUGUAUCAGGAUGCAAGCAAUAUGAGUACUGCUCUUAGGUAUCUUCAAGAAGCACUUAAGAAGAAUGAGCGCCUUUUAGGCCCAGGCCAUAUUCAAACAGCAGUAUGCUAUCAUGCUCUUGCCAUUGCAUUCAGUUGUAUGGGUGCAUACAAGCUUUCGAUUCAGCAUGAAACGAAGACCCAUGAUAUACUGGUAAAACAAUUAGGGAAUGAUGAUUCACGAACAAAAGAUUCAGAAAAUUGGCUGAAUACAUUUAAGGGUCGGGAACAGCAGGUUAAUGCCCAGAAGCAAAAAGGCAGGGGAACUAAUCCAUCUGAUAGCGCUAUUGAUUUUAUAAAGGCGCAUCCUGGAUUGUACCAAGCAAUGAAGGCAAUCCAAUCUGGCGAUGGAUCAGCAAAUAUCAACAAAUCACAUAAUGCUGCAGUAGUUGGAGAAGGUCUUCCUAGAGGAAGAGGAGUCGAUGAGCGAGGUGCCAAAGCAACUGCAGAAGCCCGGAAAAAGGCUGCUGCCAGGGGUGUUACUUUGCGUAAUGUGCCUCCUGCAAACAGUGUGUCUGAACUAAAUCAAAUUCUCAGCCUUAUCAACUCGGCUGCUACAUCUGCCACUACAAACACUCAAACAACUGAAUCUGAAGGGAAGCAGUCUAAUGGUCCUGCCCUUAAUGGCACAAAGGAGACCAAGGAAACAAAUGGGCCACCCGCCAAGGCAGACGGUCACACUCCUGUAGGAUUGGGUGCGUCAUUGGAGUUGAAGAAGCAGAAAUCCAAGCAGAAAGCAUAGUAAAAGAAUUUGGAAUGGUUGUUCUCUCCUACAAUUUUGAACUUCUAGGGUGAUUUUUUUUACCAAUAGGUUGUCACGUCCACUGUGGCAAGAGUAAUUUUAAUUUAUUUUGGGUGGGUUCUUAGCACGAGUUCAAUAAUAAUAACGAAAGUGGAGCGAAGACAAUUCUUGUGUCGGUUAGACUGCUGAUGAGAUAAAUGAUCAAGCCUUUAACUGUAAUAUCCAGACCGAUAUGUUAAUUCAUAAUUUCUGUACACAGGCUAUAUACAUAGUUGCCAAGAGAUUAACACUUCAAA